UCCCUCCUCCUGCUCUCUCUCCUGCCUUCCUCAUUUCCUCUGAAGAAGUAUCUGUUCAAAGAGUGGAGGCACAGAAAACAGAGUGCGCCACGAGAACUCGCUUAAAGCGCAGAGAGCUUAAUUAAACUGCUUCUCAACUGCUCUUAAGUAGAACAGCUUUGAGCCAUUGUUUGAAAGAAUCCAAAUCUCCCUCUGUUCAUCUAAAAUUGGUGAGACUUAUUGGAGAAAUCCUUGAGAUCUCCAUCUAGUGCACAUGCUUGCGACUGAAUGAAAACGAGGCAGUUAAACGGCACUUAAGGACAGUUAGUUGUUGCUGGAUAACUGUGGAGGUGGGCUCUAAAGGGAAAGCUCCAAGGCAGGAUUUCUGAACUACUGAGCAGAGCUGAUAGAAUACGAGAGGGUGCAACAUGGGCGCUUUGAUGGUGAUAUUUUCUCUGCAAACAAAACAAAGGAGAAAAAGGACAGAUAGUGUUGAAGAUGAGCUGGAGCUGUCGGCUGUACGGCAUCGACCAGAAUGCCUGGAGCAGCUGGAGGCCCAAACACGCUUCUCUCGCAAAGAGCUUCAAAUCCUUUACCGGGGCUUUAAGAACGAGUGCCCUAGUGGUGUGGUCAAUGAAGAUACAUUUAAGGAUAUUUACAAUAAGUUCUUCCCACAGGGAGAUGCUUCAACAUAUGCGCAUUUUCUGUUUAAUGCAUUCGAUACAGACCACAAUGGCUCUGUCAGUUUUGAGGAUUUCGUAAUGGGUCUUUCCAUUCUGUUACGCGGCACUGUUCAGGAGAAGCUUAACUGGGCAUUUAACCUUUAUGAUAUUAAUAAAGAUGGAUAUAUAACAAAAGAGGAAAUGUUAGACAUCAUUAAGUCCAUCUAUGACAUGAUGGGAAAAUGCACAUACCCAAUCCUUAAAGAGGAGACGCCUCGACAGCAUGUGGAGAUAUUUUUCCAGAAAAUGGACAAAAACAGGGAUGGAGUGGUCACAAUAGAUGAAUUUAUAGACUGCUGCCAAAACGAUGAGAACAUUAUGAGGUCAAUGCAGCUGUUUGAGAAUGUCAUUUAACAUCUGAAUGGACUCUGUUGGCUCGCCACCUCAUAUAAAACAGCCUUUCUACUCCACAAACCCUGUGUCCUCAAUGAUACAAGUGUGAUUGUUAGCAGUUCAAUUCAUCGAUUUACCCGUAAAACAAUGCUAAUACCAUUUUUAAUACUAAAGAAAGAUUAUUUUUACAUUUUUGUCAGAUCCUUUACUUGUAAAAUAUACUUUUAUUUAAAGUAGAAGUAAAGUCAUUUCUAUAAUUCCAUCAAUCAGCUUGUUACUGCUAGGAUGUUUUGGAAAAUUGGAAAUAUGUAAAUUGUUAACAUUACUUAAGCCAUGUUAUAUCUUAAAGUAACAUUUCUUACAUUGUUGGACACAUUUGCCACCUCUUAUUGUCUAUCUCUGUAUUGAACUAAUUAGCAGAGUUACCACUGAUUUAAAAUGUGUCAGUACAAAUGUAUUGUAUACCACAGAUUCAUUGUGGUCCACAUAGUUUAAUGAAACAUUUAUGCAGGGCAUUCUUAUGAAAUCAUGCCAUUUGUUCUUGAAAUGUGUUUCUUUCCAAAUGGUUACUAUUGUACCAUGAAUUUUUAAACCAUUAUUUUUUAAUUGGAGGAAAUGUCACAACAGAGCCAAGACAAAUUCGGCAUUUUCACAUAAAAGAAUUUUAGAAAAAAAAUACAUUCAUUGUGAAAGCAUAGAUAUUUUAAAUUUCCAAUAACAGCAAAAUUCCUUAUUGUGUAUACAGUAGUCCAUUAAAAUGUAUGAUGAUCUGUAAAUUGUCUGGUAUUCCUAUGAAAAACAAAUUGAAUAUAAAAUUAAGUUAUUUUUAAAGGUAUUUUGCAUUACACACUAAAUAGAGCCAAGUCUAUAAAAUAACGUGGCAAAAUAUCUUGUCAACUAUAUCAGUAGUGAAUAAUGUGUACACACAUAGUACACAAAUACAGUAAAUGUCAGUUUCCUGAGAAUAACCCCUAUAUAUCCCCUAUGCUUAUCAGCUGGUGGUGUUUUAAAGCACAUCAGUCAGUAAUAAUCCACGCUUAAAAGCCUUCUUUUUUUCAAUAAGUACAUACCUGUGACACGGCCGAUUUGACAGUUUUGCAGAAUCAUUCCAGAGUACUCUUACUAAAACUGGGGGUCCAGCCAUAACAGCUAAAAAAGUAAUAGAAUGAUUACAAAUAAUUAAAUAUACUUUCAGAUAAGCUAUUCUUCUCACCACAAUUGUACAGUACAGAGCGGUUAUCUGAGUUACCGUAGACUUUGUCAGUUCAAACCAGUCUGGCCAUUCUCUGUUGACCUCU